AUGAACAAUAAAGAUGAUAAUUGUGAUACAUCGGUUCUGCCAGAUGAUAUAUUUACAUUGAAAGGUGAAGAAUUUUUUCGUGUUAUUCGACCAUUAAUAGGUGAAGUUGCUUGCAACAUUCUUGAAAUUCAAAUGAUUGAUUCUGCCCAAAACUUCUUGAAUACAAAUGAUAUUUUUGAUAUAUUUAAAUACGAUUCUGAUGAUAUCGAUGCAAUAAAAUCUAAGUUAUGUUUUAAAAUGAAAGAUGGACAAUAUAUUGUUCGUACCGGAGUAUUAAAUAAUAUGACAUAUUUGAAAACAGUAUUAAUAAAGAAAUUUGAAGAAAAGCAUAUUUCUUCAAAUAAUUUACAUACAGAAAAAAUUUAUGAACUAAUCAAUCGAAAUCCGAUAUUGCAAUCACUUAUAGCAUGGUACUCACAGAAUGAAUUUGCUAAUAAUGAUAUUAAUAAAAAUCAUUCGUUCAUGUCAUCUUUUAUCGACACUAUAACAAAAAAUAUAGUUAAACAAAAACAAAAUUACCGAUAUGAUGAUUCUAUGAAAGAUUUUGCUGUAGUACUUUAUACUCUAGGUGGUAAACAGGUAUACGAGUUCGUUCGAAUUAAUAUUAUUGGUGCAUUACCUAAUUUAACAACAUUAAAGAAAUUAAUAUCGAGUACUGAUGCUAUUUUAACAGAAGGUCGUUUUUGUUUUGAUGCACUACAACAAUAUCUUAAUUCAGUAAAAGUAAAAUUUGGUUUUUGUUCAGAGGACUGUACCUCUAUAAUAAAAAAAAUUAAAUAUGAUGUUAAGACUAAUUCAUUUGUUGGAUUUGUUACAAAACUUUCAAAUGGAGUACCGAUUCCUGACUAUUAUCAGACUGAUUCAUUUGAAGAACUGCAAUUUUGGUUUAAUAAUAUUGAAAAAUCUAAUUUGUUGAAUAUUCAUAUGUUUCAGCCUAUACCACAACUGAAUCGUACAAAUGCACCAGCCUCAUUUUUGAUGAGUGCUUAUGGUGUUGAUAGUACAUCAACAGCCAUCGAUAUACUACAUCGAUGGAUAUAUAUUUUUAAUAAUUGUAGUAAAAGUCAAAUUAGAAUUAUUGGUUUUUCUACAGGUAAAAUCUUUGCGUUGGAUCUUUGUUGUUAG